AAAAUUAUUACAGAAUUCGAGCAGACGACUGACGUUGGGCGGGAAGAUCUGUCAAAAUGAAAACAUGGUUUUAUACCUCGGAUUGAAUUAUUUAGAGCAGGCCAUUUCUGAGAAAAGAAGUUUGCUGGAAAAGUGUUUGAUUGUAGUUCCUCAACAUCUGGACAAUGUAGAGGCAUAUAUACACAAGGGAAAACUUCCUGAUGACAAAUACAGGUUUCCAUGGAAAAGAGCAAAAAAGGAUGAUGAGUUCUUAAUUCAGGAAAGUGUCAACAUUGUUUCUGAUGCUCAGCUCUUGGUCAAUAAAGAUGACAUAAAAUUAGAUGUUGCCUCCUUUUCAAGCCAAGAAGAAAAAGUAAACACACCAGUCUAUCUGAAAGUGUUAACUUUGACCUGAAUUGUGAUGUCAUUCCUAGUUCAAACCCAAGUACACAGGAUCUAUUCACUCCAGAUGAGUUCUUUACAGAGCAAAACUUGUUCCAGGAAACAUUUGAAAAAGAAAAUCUUCACCAUUUUUCUUCAAAUUGUGAAAAUUUGAAGAUUGAAAGUAUAGAGAUUACAGGUGAAGCUGUUGCUGCCACUCAACAAAAUGUACCAAACUUGUCACUCCUUGCGUCAAAGCUCAAAACUAUUCAUGUCAAAGAUCCGUUUCUUCAAGAACCCGGCAAUCCCUUAACAGAAGACACCAUAUUUGGGAAUGAGAAAGGCUUUAGCAAGGAGAUACCAGUUUCCAUUCUUAAUACUCCCUGUGAUGAUGGCAAUUUUAAAGAAACGUUCCAAAAAGUGACUGAACCAUCUACUUUAAAGGCUGAGCUGGAAGAUGUAAUUACAGCCCAUCAAGAGUUUAUAGAUUCUGAUUCCAUUAAUUUGAUGAAGUCUGAAUUGCUGUCAUCUGUCAGAGGGAAAUAUACAACAGUUAUUCUGACAGAAAAGGAGCGAGACGUAACAUCCGUUGUAUCAAAGCAUGUUGUGAGACCAGAACAAAUAUGCAUACCAACUAUUGAAAAGUUUGACAACCCACCAGUUACUAAAAUGAACACAUCAUUCUUGGAGAUAAAUGAAAUAAUAGUUACAGAGCAUGAUAGACAAUGUGAAAGAGCCUUACUAGACAGUCCAAUGGUAAAUGGAUAUUCCUCCAAUAUAAGCUAUAGUGAAAGUCCUUUACCUCUUCCAGGAAGGCAUAAACUUGAAAUGCCGUCAUUUGAUAAAUGUUUGAUUAGUGCAGAGAAGAAAGAAAUUUUGAUUAAAAAACUUUGGCAAAGUCAAAAGUAUUGUGAUGAGAUACAAGCAUCAAGAAUUCCAGAGCCAGAUUUAUCAAAUGAGGUAGAAGACAGAGAGCAUGCUAUUAAACAGUCUAAGAUGAUAUUGAAGGUUAAAUCUGAUACAAGUACUGGGACUUCUGAUUUGAAAUUAAAUUGGGAGAUCAGCAGAUACACAGAGGAGAUAACAGACUCAUGUAAACUAAUUGUUCCAUUCUGUAAAGACAACAUCAUUGAUGAUGAACCAUUAAAAGAUGUGGAGCCAAUAGAAAAAUUCUCAAGUAGAGACCUUUAUGAUUGGAAAGAUGAAGAAAUUCCACUCAAAGAUGGUAAAGACAAGAAAAUUGGUGCUGCUGCUGAAAAACAGGUUAGAUGUCUCAAGCCACAAAAGAUAACUGGUGAUGUCAAUCAAGAACCAAUGUCAAUUCAGACAUUUUCAGAUCCACUGGGCAACUUCAUGGUCCUACGUUCCAAGAAGACAGCAGAAAAAUCUGUUAACCAAACAAAAGAGAACUCGGUAUGUGACACCAAACUGCAUGAACCUGAAAAGAACUUUGGUUGUGAUAGAAACCAAGUAGUGGGAGGUGCAAUAAAGUUGAAGCAAAACUUUGAAUCCAAGAAGAGAGCAAAACAUCAUGUUGUGAAAAUCAAGUUAUCAGAAGAUUAUCAGCACAUCCUGGAUAUAUUAGAAUCAGCAUCUGAAAAUUGCAUAAAUGUAUUGAAGCAAGCUGCUGAAAUAUCACAGAGUUGUACAUUUAAGACAAUAACACCAGACAUUUCAAGAUAUUUGCUUAAACAGAAAGAGAAGAGUUUGGCAGAUCAUGAUCAAGAAAAUUCCUCUGAUGAACUCUACAAGAUGACUGUAAUUCUUCAUGGUCUUGUUAUGGCAUCUGAAAUAACAGUCAACUGUUGCCUUGAAUCAGGCAUAGGAUGUCUGAGUGCACUGCAAGAAAAAUACAAACAUGUUAUUGGAUCCAACUUGGAUAGCACAAGACAAGUUUUGUUUGAACUUAAAGCACAGUUUUAUGAGAAGAAAAUUUAUCAUCCAAAAGUUGUGACAUUAUGCAGAGAAAUUGAAACCUGGCUAAAGAAAAAGAGAGCAAAAACAAAAGAUUCAGAGCAAAAGAUCUUAGUUCUGGUACAGAGGGACAUACCUAGUUUGCUGAGUUGUUUGAAAAAAGCAUUAAACCUUGGUAAUUUGCUAAGUCCUUGCAUAUUGUCUUCAUCUGAAUCAGAACAUAUAAUAGAUAGCUUAGAUAAACAUAAUUGUGUAAUUGCACCUACAAAGAUGGUUUGUGAAAAUUUCCCAUGGGCGCAGUUCAGCCUUGUGGUAGAAUAUGAAAAUGAAACAUCAUCACAAUGGCAACAACUUUGUGAGAGGCAGCAUAUACGACAUAUUGGACUUUGUAUACAGUCAGACAAACAUAAAGAUACAACAACUUUGACUUUGGAAUGUCCUGAAGAACAGAUAUGUCUAAUUGGAUCUCAAAAAGUUGUACAGAGCAUUGAACUUCUACAACUAUUGGAAACAAGACAUAACAUUCUUCUGCUAGUGAGAGAUUAUAGCCUGAUAGGAGGUGCCAAGCAUUUGUUCUUUUCUGAUAUUGAUGUUGAUGCAAGCACAGGAAUUGUCUUAGAAGACAUAAAAGACUUGAAUGAUGAUUGUGCUGUUCAAAACCUUGUUACAAAGAUGGUGGCUCUUAGUUUGAAAUAUGUCAACUGCUGGUUAAUCUUAUUUGCAAACACCAAAACUGGAAGCUACCAGUAUCCAGGCCAUGUCAUAAAUAAUAUUGGUAGAUUACAGGCUGCAGUUGCAAAUUUUGUAGACAAAUCCAGUUACUUUAAAGCAAGGAUAUUGUUUUGUGAAGGUUGCAGUGAGGUGUCCUCUAUAGUUCGAAGCAUUAGUGAGAAUUGUAUGGCUCUCAGCAAAACAAAAGAACAGUGGUUAGAUAGGACAUGGCUGAGGGAUGAAAUUCAACAGGAUGAAAGGGCAUUACUCAUGCUUCCCUGUCUUAGUUCAUUCAGCUCCCAAUUACUAUUGAAAAAACUUCCUUUAGGAAGGAUUUUCAAGUCAUCAAUGGUUGAUCUUCAAAGAGAUGUUUCAGAAAUACCUUCUUCAAUUUUGCAAACACUGGAUGAAUUUGUAAGGAGCAAUACAGGAUUGCAUCUUCAAGUAGAUACUUUAGAAGACCAGCUGUAUGACCAGUGUGAUAAUACAACUUCACUUGCUAACAAUGUUGUUGAUGGUGUCGAAAAUUCUGACAGUCAAAUUAAAGAAUCUUUAAGUCAAGAUCAAAAUGAAAAUGAUGAAGUGAGUAGAGAUAUGUAUGUUUCAGAGGACUUUCAAAGAAAAGGCAGGACCACAAGAUAUUAUAGCCACCAGCAAUUACACACAGCUAUGAAAAACAUCCCAGCACUUCCAAAUGAAGAAAAGGAGAUUGAUGCAAUGCUCUGUGCAGAAAACAAACAAUCAAAUGAAACUGAUAAAAACAACAAAAUAUGUAUUGAUGAUCAAUCUAAACAUAGAAUAAGGUACAACUAUAGUUCAGCUGGAAGAACGGAGGAUUCAAAAGAAAACAAUUUUGAUUCAGAUGCAAAAUUUAGAAAAAUUAAAAAUACUAAAGAAAACAUACAUAGAAGUGCAAAUGAUCGUGUUGAAUGGGAACAUCUUGAUAAUUUCAUUUCAAGUAACACUAAUGUAAACAGACUAACAACAUGCAACAAUGUCACAAAUGAAAUAAAAAGCGACAAGCAUGAAUAUGAAAUCAGCAAAAUGCAAAAUGAAAGAUACUUAAAUCCAGUCGAGAAACUUACAGCAAUGAAAGAAAGUGAUAGGUUGAAGAAAUCAGAAAGUGAUGAAAAAUAUCAUAAAUACAUGCAUACGGGUAAGGACAAUAAUAAUGAAAGUAGGUAUUUUGUUGGAGAAGCUAUGAGCAUAAAUAACAGUAAAUAUUUGUCUAGCUAUAGUGCUGCAAAUUACCCCAGAAAUCACAGUGACAGUACUGAACAUAUACCUCUUGAAAACAAGAGAAAUGAAAUGCUUGCUAAUGGAAUAAAAACAAGGAAGGCAAUUUCACAAGAGAUGAAACAAAAUUUAUAUAAAAGCAAUGUUAGUUAUCCUGUUCAACCUAAACAGAUCUCAAGUUGGAGUAGUAAUUCUACACAAACAUUUGAUUACAAUCAUGGGUUACCAUUUAACGUUGAGUCAUUGGCUGUCAAUGAGGGGGAAAGUAAUUCAUCUGGUCCUCAAAUAAACUCCUUAAAUGGCACUUCUAGAAAUCAGCUUGGUUAUGUUUUAGGUUGUAAAGUUCAAAAUAGUAGGAGUGAUCUUGAAAAAGAAUUCCCUCCUUCUGACGAGAUUGACAGAUCAAUUUUCAAUGAAAAGUCAGCUGCAGGGCCAUGUAAAUACACAAACGUUGCAGGGCCAUGUAAAUACACGAGCAAUGACGGUAUUCCAGUGGUAGGGAGGCCUCAUGUUUACGGUGAUACGGAUCGGCAAGAAUAUCAUUAUUUACCAAAUUCCAUUGAUAAUAGACUUGAGCAAAAGGAAUGUCAACAUUUUCAAAACGAUGAUGAUCCAAAAUUAAGUCGUAUUAACACUAAUGAAUCUCAAUUUGUCUUCAGACCAAAAAUAGUAGAUAACUCAACUGACAGAAGAAACGCAAAUUCUGAACAUGUUGGUGGAAAGGAUUUGGUAUGGAAUCCAAAUUUAGAAAGGAUAACACGAAAACCACAGUGUCUCGAGGAACAUCCUGUAAAGCCUAGUAGCAGUCAUACUCAAUCGCUUGCUGAUGAUCUUAGGGAAACUACACGGAAGUUACUUGCCAACUCUCAGCAAUUUUCAAGGUUCGACACUCGUUUAAAAAGACAUCCUUUACAGAAAGUAAGCAUAGGCCUGGCAACACCACGUGUAAGAAAUUAUAAAAACCAAACAACUGAAGUUUUGCAGACCUCUGAAAAUGAGCAUAGAAUGAUGGAGCAAUCUCCUUGGGCAACAGACGAUUCUCCUCCCAUGGAUUUAGAUUACGAAAAUUCUGAGAUUAGCAGAAUGCUUCAAAACGAAUCUGAAACAUCAAAUCGGGUUAUCUACACAAAUCAAACUCCCAGGAAGAAAAGAAAGUUGACUUACCAGUUUGUUCCUGGCAAAGGUCAAACUAAACUUGUCUUCAAGUAAUUGUCUUGUUUUUUUUUUUUUCUUUCAAAUAUCUAUGCGACUUACGACUUCUGUAAAUAAUUGACACUCAACGAGUAUUAAUAAAAAAAAUAAAAGCUGUUUUGUUCGUUGUAUGUGUUGUGAUUUAAUUUGGAAUAAAUAUUAGAAUGGCAUUAAUUGGAAAUGUUUUGUUAUAUUUUACGAUGUAUGUUUUUAAAAAGUUGGUUACAUGUACCAUUUACGCGAUAAACUGAUUUUGUUUACUCAAUUGGUCUUAUAAAUACCACAACCAACAUAGAUAACAUAGACACGGAAAUUACAGAAUAGUAAACUUUAGGUGCAAGAGAACUAGGGUAGUAUUCUCCGUAGUUGCACAUGGUCGUCUCACAGCACUUGCUGCAUUCGGUGGUAGAAUUGUCACCGUCUGUGCAGUAAAAACUCUUAUAAUCUAAGGUGCACGACUGACUAGAGCAUGAUCGGUUAUACGUCUGAAUUGUUGAGUUGAUAAUUGUAACC